AUGGGUUCUCGUCAGCUAUGGACUCUGUCACUUGGUUUCUUGAUGCUGCUCUCUGGGGCUCUGGGGGCUGCUCCAAAGAAACCAGUGGAUGUGCCCUUUGGGAGGAACUAUGUGCCCACAUGGGCUUUUGAUCACAUCAAGUACUACAAUGGUGGCUCAGAGAUCCAGCUCGUUCUUGACAACUACACUGGUACUGGAUUCCAGUCAAAGGGUUCUUACCUGUUUGGGCACUUCAGUAUGCAUAUUAAGAUGGUUGCUGGAGAUUCUGCUGGCACUGUUACUGCUUUCUAUCUAUCUUCUCAAAACUCAGAGCAUGAUGAGAUAGACUUUGAGUUCUUGGGGAACAGAACUGGGCAGCCAUACAUCUUGCAGACCAAUGUUUACACUGGGGGAAAAGGAGACAAAGAGCAGAGGAUUUAUCUUUGGUUUGAUCCCACAAAAGCAUACCACACUUACUCUGUCUUAUGGAACCUCUACCAGAUUGUAUUCUUCGUGGACGAUGUGCCGAUCCGUGUCUUCAAGAACAACAAGGAUUUGGGAGUGAAGUUCCCAUUUAACCAGCCCAUGAAGAUAUACUCGAGCUUAUGGAAUGCAGACGACUGGGCAACAAGGGGCGGGCUCGAGAAGACCGACUGGUCCAAGGCUCCAUUUGUGGCUUCAUACAGGGGCUUCCACAUUGACGGUUGCGAGGCCUCCGUCCAGGCCAAGUACUGCGACACUCAGGGCAAACGGUGGUGGGAUCAGAAGGAAUUCCAGGACCUCGAUUCCUUCCAAUGGCGUCGUCUCCGUUGGGUACGCAAAAAGUACACCAUUUACAACUACUGCACUGAUCGAGUCAGGUUCCCAACCAUUCCAGCCGAGUGCAAGAGAGACAGAGACAUAUGAUGUGAUCUUGAAUGUAUAAGCCUAUCUAUAUCUAGGUAUUACCAGUUACUUGAUCAUACUUCUGGGAGAGCCAAAACAGCCCACAACAUGUGAAAGUUUCCAACAUCAGAUCUCAAUUUCCAGGGCUACUUCUGAUUCAAUUCCUUUAUAUUAUUGUCAUGUUCGGCUGUCAGCGCUUCUCUCCCUUCCCAGAUUUUAUAUGUAUCUUCUAUCUGUUGUGAUUUGUCUUUGUUUGCAUAAUCAACCAGCAUUCCAUGCACCCAUCACUCAUGGGUUCUUCUAAUGCUCAACUAUUUCAUA